UGGUAGUUAGUGCAUAGACGAUCGAAUGAUAAUACAUUAUUGUUGAAUUAGUUGUCAAUAAUUUGGAUGGGCGUCGCAGCAAACUUUCAUUCUGAUGAUUGGAUGACGUCGCAAUGGGCACGAAGGCCAUACUAAUAACUACUUGGACAGAGCGAUCCGCGAAACCUAAAACUGUCCGGUCAUGUCGGUUUCGAUAGCCUACCCGACCAACUGGUCAGCAAGAGUGUCCAGAAUGGGUUCGUGUUCAACAUCCUGUGCAUCGGAGAAACCGGUCUCGGCAAGUCCACCCUGAUGGACUCGUUGUUUAACACGAAUUUUGAAUCGCAGCCGAGUCCGCACUCGCUGCCGAACGUCAAGCUUAAGGCGCACACCUACGAAUUGCAGGAGAGCAUGGUUCGGUUAAAGUUGACCAUUUGUGACACGGUCGGUUAUGGCGAUCAAAUCAACAAAGAUGAUUCGUUCAAAGCUGUUGUUGAUUACAUCGAUCAACAGUUUGAGACAUUCCUUCAGGAAGAGUUGAAGAUCAAGCGUUCGCUUGCGACCUAUCAUGACAGUCGCACUCAUAUAUGUCUUUACUUCAUCUGCCCAACCGGCCACGGCUUGAAGUCGCUGGAUCUAGUAUGCAUGAAGAAGCUGGAUUCUAAAGUCAACAUCAUUCCAAUUAUUGCCAAAGCGGACACCAUUUCCAAGACAGAGUUAUCGAAAUUCAAAGCUAAAAUAAAUGAAGAGCUUCGCCACAACGGCGUUCAGAUUUACCAAUUCCCUACGGACGAUGAAAGUGUGGCUGAAAUCAAUGCAAACAUGAACUCGCACAUUCCGUUCGCCGUCGUGGGAAGUACAGAUUUUGUUCGUGUUGGCAAUAAGACUGUUCGUGCUCGUCAGUACCCCUGGGGAACUGUUCAGGUGGAAAAUGAAGCUCACUGUGACUUUGUCAAACUGCGGGAGAUGUUGAUUCGAACCAACAUGGAAGAUAUGCGAGAGAAAACGCAUACCAAGCAUUAUGAGCUGUAUCGACAGAAACGGCUCGAACAGAUGGGCUUCACUGAUGUUGACAGCGACAACAAGCCGGUCUCAUUCCAACAGACUUUCGAAGCCAAAAGGAGCAAUCACCUCGCAGAUUUACAGGCUAAAGAAGAUGAGGUUCGACAAAUGUUUGUAGUUCGCGUGAAGGAGAAGGAGGCCGAACUGAAAGACAGUGAGAAAGAACUUCAUGCCAAAUUCGAUAAGCUUAAGAAGGAUCAUGCCGAGGACAAGCGUAAAUUGGAGGAAUCUCGUAAAAAGCUGGAGGAAGAAUUUGUCGAGUUUAACAGGCGCAAAUCCCAGAUGGCGGCAUCCCACCAUACGCUAACCCUGGGCAAAAGUAAAAAGAAAUGAAACUUGUAGAUAACUGGAAGAACAACGCCCUGAACGUAUCUGACGUGAACGGUCGUCAUUUUAAUAUUCACAUCGCGCACCAUUUAAUGUGAAACAUUGAAGAUAUAGGUUAAGUAUGUCGCCUGCACUUCUGCAUGCAGCUACUUAUUGCUACUGCUUUAUCAUGACUGUUUAGACAGAAAGCCUAAGCUGAAAUUAAGUUUUACUUUUCCCCAAAAUGCAACUGUUACCAAAUGUAUAUUUUUUAAAGAAUACCUUUGGAUGGACCCUAAGUACAAAGUUUCCGAAACUUUAAAACAAACCUAGACUCGAAUAAGUACAGACUCCGAUUUCUCCAUAUUGCAGAUUGACAAAACAAGUCAAAUAUAGUAAUUUUAUCUAGUGAAAA